UUGGCAAAUUGAAAUGAAAAAAGAUUUGAAUUCAAGGUCCAGAAAUAGUAAAUGGAUUAACCAACGGGAAAAAAAUCUCAUAGAUGGCGCUGUUCGUUUGGUGGUAAAAAAUUCAAAUUUGUUCUGAGAAAUUCAGUUUUUUGCAAAUAACUCAGCAAAUACACAUCGCAGCCGGAUAAAAUUUGACCUGCUGGUCUUAAAAAAAUAAGCUUUCACCAGGUCAAAUUUUAUGACUCUACUUUGCAUAACUUGGAAAAUAUUGAAUUUAAACUAAUUCCCCCCAUGCAUUUUUUUGAAUCGCUUACUACCAGCGUGACAGCUGCCGCCAUCAUCGUUUUUCUCUUUCUCGUCUCGCUUUUGACAGCGAGAACAGUCAAAACAAGAUGUCAAACCAUGUUUUCGGAACGGAAACCAAAAUCUGCUGCUGUGCCUGCUACUACCAGGAACCGGCCAUGGCCCAGCAAACUGGCGUUGAGCUGGAGCGCGAGUACGUGUGGGACGACCUGCACCGGAACUGCGUGAACGCGCUGCACGGCCAGACCAAGAAGGAGUUCGACGCGUCGAUCUUGAGGUACGCCGCAUACUUUGCCCAGGAUAAGAUCAACCUGCCCGGCUUCGAGAAUUUCUUCUUCCACGUCGCCGGCGAGGAGCGCGAGCACGGCAUCAAGCUGAUCGAGUACGCCCUGAUGCGCGGAAAGGAACCGGUCAACAAGAACACCUUCCAGCUGGACUAUAGCUACAAGGUCCCGGCCGUCACCACCGGAUUGUCCGCUCUGGAGGAUGCCCUGAAGAAGGUGCAGGAAGUCACGCUCAGCAUUCGUAACCUGAUCAAGACCUGCGAGGGAGACAAUAACGACUACCACCUGGCCGACUACCUGACCGGAGAGUACCUGGACGAGCAGCACAAGGUACAGCGCGAACUGGCCGAAAAGAUCGCCACGCUGCGAAAGAUGACCGGCAGCGACGACGCCCCGAAGGAGGCGAGGAAGCUGGCCGAGUUCCUGUUCGACAAGAACCACAUGUAAAGUCAAGACUCUCAAUAGGCGCGCCGGAGUGGCACAGAUUGGAUUCGUAUGUUUGUGCUAAAUCGAGGGAGAUUAACGUGAUAUAAAGCACCACCCCGCCUUGUCAACAAUGUUUUAGGGUGCCAAGCCGGGGCCGACUUACGUCCCGUAGUCCCGGAAGGACCGGAACUGAUUCCCGAGUCACCCCUUAAGUUCGUUCGGAUGCGCUUCAGGAUCGGGAACUACCAGGCGGUGGCAAUCAAAUCAUAGAUGAACGUGCCACACUGUUCUCUGCGUUGCUGCACAUACCAAACAAAGAUCAUGAACCGGCUUAGCCAAGGGUCACAUACCGCAGAGGAAUAGUUCAACGGUAAACUUGCUUGAUUAACCAAGCUCCCGGUAACGUAACGGUAACCAGCACAUGGGAGUCCCAAAGCCCUAAAUAAUUCUUUUUUCGAUCCGGAAACAGAUUCGUGCUAGCAGCUGACGGUUUGUAGUGCAUGGCGGACCCACCGGAAGUGCCGUAAGCUGUGCUGAAAAAGUUGCUCAACGGGUUCAUAAACUUUGAACAGGUGAAGACGAAAAAGUCAUGCGGAAGUGUCGUGGUCAACCUGAUUUCCUGCAUGCAAAACUCGUAAGCUCCCCUAUCAAACUUAACAGUGUAAACGCGUUGAAAAGGUUUGUAGAUUAUAUUGAAUGUGUUCUUUUGAGCUUAAUGUGAAUAUUUCUUCAAACUGGAACCUACUGGUCGGUCGACACGCCUGAAUUUUACGCCAUGACGAUCAAAGGGUUCCUCUGUGAUCACGCUUCCGGCAUAUAAACAGUCGAACGGGAAGAACUUUUGUCUGGCAUUUCUGUCGAACAGCGACGCCUUCGGCAACAGGCGCUUCCCACAGCAGAUAGUGACCUGAGGCGUAUGACAACCGUGGCUUCCACAUGUCGGAGUCUUACGAUCCGAAUCAACAAAGUCACGUCACAGUUUGGUGAUGAGUCCAGCACGGCGUUCAAGCGCCUGGUCGACAUGUUGGCCCAAAACCUGCUGGCCCAGCAGCAGUACCUGAGCAGCAGAGCGAGAUCUUACGCCUCAUGCUCAUGAAAACGCAAUGGCCUACACAAACCUACAGCAACACCAGCCGAGAGAGAAUUUACUUCUCGCACCCUUUUUGUUCCGGCGCCCGAGAGGCUUGAUCUGUAGGAAAGGCUUCAUCGAUUAAGUACGUUACGCUAAAAUCAGCCCAAAUGGUCCCCCCCCCCUUCUCCUAUACUUGCAAUGUCACACUUACUCAGACUAAAUGGAAAAAUACAAAAUAAAAAAAAAUCAAAAAUACAAAUAAACAUAAAAAACAUAACUACACAAAUAAAAAAUAUAAAAAUACAAAGAUUAAAAAUUAAACUGCAAAAAGAACAAAAAUACUAGACACUCGGGUAAAUACUAAAA